GGUUUCCCAGUAGGCUUAGCGGCCGGGGAGGGACCUUCCUCUUCCCAGGCGUCGGUGGAGCUGUGUGGGGACAUGGCGGUGUUGGUGGUUUUCUCCUCUCCGCUGCCGCGCCUUCGCGCUCUGCUGCAGCGAUGCUGGGGGCGACUGGAGCGCGGGCUCCUGCCAGGCUUCUCCGGGCCUCAGAGCCUGCCCUGGGGGCCAGCACUAGCUGUCCAAGCUCCAGCUUUUCUUCCUGAGCCAGUAGAAGACACUCGUCAAAGUAAUGAGGUGCGCAGCUUCUUAGAUAGCAUUUUGUGGAUGGCUGCCCCAAAGAAAAGACGCACCAUUGAAGUGAACCGCUGCAGGCGAAGAAAUCCUAGUAAGCUUAUAAAAGUAAAGAGAAACAUAGAUGUUUGCCCUGAAUGUGGACACUUGAAACAGAAGCAUGUCCUCUGUGGCUAUUGUUAUGCAAAGGUCAAAGCAGAAACUCGACAGAUACGGCUUGAAAUACAUAAAAAGGAAGGAGGACCAUUUAAUGCUCCUACUGUAGAAACUGUAGUCCUUUAUGAUGGAGAACAGCCCACAGAAAAAGAUGAAGGCAAGCGGAUCAUUGAAAGAGCCAGGAAGCGUCCAUCCUGGUUUAUUCAAAAUUGAUGUUAUAGGACUAAUAUAAACAAAAACAGUUGCUACAGCAAGAGAGAUGGUGCUUUUAAAGACUGUUUUCCUUGUUGUAUUCACUUAACGCUGAUAUGAACCUAUCAACUUUUGGGAAGUCUGCCUGAAACACAUUUCAUUUCAUGUUGGAUUGCAGUCAUGUAUUGUUUCCAUAGCAUGCAGUGCUGAAUGCCUCUCAGUGAUACAUAGCAGUCACAAUUAAAGAGAAAUCAGGGUCUACCUGGAGUUUGGAUGUUUGCUUACUGUACACAGAAUAAGAUAUAUGUUAAUGUUGUAUGCUGUUUUUGUAAAUAAUGUUUUUUAACAGAGAUAAAACAUUUGCGUAUAUAAAAUAAAUUGUAUAAAGAUUCAUAGGGAGAUCUGUUUUCUCUUUCUGGCUGCUGCUCUAAAAAAAAAUGUUAAUUAAAAACAAUGUUGAUUAGAUACAAAGUAUGUUUACAAGAAAAGACACAGUUAUCUGGUAAUUUCCACAACAGUUACCUGGUAAUUUCCAUCGCCUGGAUCUCUCCACAAUGCUGCUGUUUGGGAUAUUUGGUGAUAUUCCUGGUUUUGAGCAAAACAGUGGUUGCCACAUUGCCUGCUCUUCCCUCUGAUGUUUCUUUGUACCGGACUGUAUGUUAAGCAUUUCUGUUUGUUGUCUGUAUAUAAAACCAGAUUUUUACCUUAAA